UUUUUUGUUCUAGGUGAAUGUAAAGGAUUUAAAGAGAAAUUCAUGAAGUGUCUGAGAGAGAAUAGCUUUGAGAAUGCUUUGUGCAGACAGGAAUCAAAGGAAUAUUUAGAAUGCAGAAUGGAGAGGCAACUUAUGGCUAAAGAACCAUUGGAAAAAUUGGGAUUCAAAGACCUAAUAGAUGAGAAAUCAGAAGCAGAGCAUAAUAAAUUAUAAUGAAGAAAAGACAACUCUACCCAUAUGUGCAAAUUGUGACACUAUUGUAGUACAUAUUGUACAAUCUGUUUUAUAUUUUAAUAUAUUCCUUAAAGGGUUGGGGAAGGUGAAAGCUCUUUAUUCUGAAGUUAGAUCUCUGAAAGAAUAAAAAUGUUUUCUUUAGAAAAUACCAUUACGUUAACUAUUUCACAAGAAAAACAGUAUUUAGUUAAUUCUUCAGCAUGGGCUUGCAAAGCAUUAAGAAAAAGUUGCAUCAGAGAACACAAAUGCUAUUUAUCGAAGUGUGCUUAUUCUGUUAGAUAUAUAACUCUUUGAAAUAACAAAGAUCCUCCACUUGAAAUGGCUCUAGAAGGUAGAGGUUCUUGAAUGGGCAAAUUGUAUUUGAAAAAGUUGUUUUACUAAUUGGAGACUCAGGCCUGCUUUCUCUUCUCUGAUAAUUACAAAAUGUAAGACAAGUGUUAUUUUCGUCUGUAUUUGUGCAAUUGGAUAUCAAAACAUUGUAAUAAACUUUAUUGUUGAAAUUGCAAAA